AUGAAAAAUUUCGGUGAAUCAAACUGCAGCAGCAGACAGAUUUUCCGCAAAGGCUGUGGUUCCUUGUACUCGCGUCCGCGGCUUCGUGACGUGCGUUGACGUGCUGUUUCAACAUAUUUUCCUUUUGCAUGACCUGGACUAUUCCUUAAAUCUACAGAAAUAUGCCUGAGCCAGUGAAGUCAAGCUGGGCAGAUGAAGUCGAUGAGGAAUCCAACAGAGGGCCCCUCCCAGCAGGCACUGAGGUGGUUGAAAAUGGAUUUAAAGUUGUCACUGAAUACAAAUUUAAUGAUGAUAACAAAAAGGUUAAAAUAGUUCGCACCUACAAGAUAGAAAAACGCACCGUUUCCAAAACAAUUGCUACGCGAAAGACAUGGCCUAAAUUUGGAGCUUCUAAAGAUGACAAACCGGGCCCAGAUCCUGCUACUACCAUUGUUUCUGAAGACGUUUACAUGCAUUUCUUGUCAGCAAAAGAAGAAGAGAACAUGAAAAUGGAAGAAGAUGCUUUGGAAAAACUCAAAGCUAAUCCUGAAAAGGGUGCUGUCAAAUGCCGAACGUGUAACGGCGAGCAUUGGACCUCGAAGUGUCCUUACAAGGGUUCUGACGCUCUAGCAAAAAUAAAUUCCGAGAAGAAACCGAUUGGCACUCCAGGUGCUAUGGAUAAGGCAGCAGCUCCUGCAUCAAAGUACAUCCCACCCAGCUUGCGAGAAGGAGCCAACAAGCGAGGAGAAUCGAUGAACACUAGGAGAGAUGAUACCUUGGCUAUAAGGAUUUCCAAUUUGUCCGAGAGUGUGGUAGAAAGUGACCUGGAGGAGCUUGUCAAGACAUUUGGUCCAAUCAGUAAAAUCUUCCUUGCUAAAGAUAAAGCCACAGGAAACUGUAAAGGCUUUGCCUAUGUUCACUUUAGGUAUCGCCAGGAUGCAAGUGCUGCAAUUGUUGGUUUGAAUGGUCAUGGGUAUGAUCAUUUAAUUUUGAAUGUUGAUUGGUCCAAGUCUCAACCUGUUCAAAAUUGAUCACUCAAUGCCAGAGUGUGGUCAGAAAAUGCAAUGUAUGUCAAUCUGGUUUAUAUGUUAUUGAUGAGGUGUAUUAUUUGGUAUUUUAGAUGAUUAAAUAAAAUUGCAUCUAAAGUGAA